AUGACACUGCUGCUGAAGAAUAAUUUUUAUACCGAAACAACAUACGUCGAUUAUCAAGCGGUCUGUAAACAAAGUGAAAUGGUUAUGUACACAGCUGGUGCUGCAGCAGCUAGAGCUAGAGCAAUAUUUAAAUUGUUGUUGUGGGUAUGGAGUCGGUUUUUGGCACUGUUACAAGAUUUUACUAUCAUGCAGUUGCUUACUUCAUUACUGCAUCCUCAUGUUGCAGCUUACACAGCGACGUUCACUGGUGAUUCAGACACGUUUUCGUGCGACAAGGCGAAACGCUAUUAUUUGGCCAACUGGGGCACAGAAGAUUGGAUGGCCAGUGGCUCGGGCCAGAAAAUGCCCAAAUCACCGGCACUCAUUGCUGAUAAUUUAGCCGAGCGACCCUGCAAACAUAAUCCAGCCAAGUGUGCUGUGUAA